AUCAUCAUCUCUCCAUUCUUGCCUCUCUUUACUCUUUUUCUUCCUUUAUUUUCCUAUACUCAUCUCCUUUGAAACUCUUCACCCUUAUUAUUCCCAACCUAAGAAACCAGCUAUCUCUCUGUGUGGCAACACAUGGCCACUGGCCAACUUAGGAAGCUUAUAGUUGAAGUUGUGGAUGCUCGUAACCUCUUGCCUAAAGAUGGACAUGGAUCAUCGAGUCCUUACGUCGUGGUUGACUACUAUGGCCAACGAAAACGGACACGAACCGUGGUGCAAGACUUGAACCCGACGUGGAACGAGGUUCUCGAGUUCAAUGUCGGUCCACCAUCGAGUGUGUUCGGAGAUGUUUUAGAACUUGAUGUGAACCAUGAUCGAAACUACGGGCCGACAAGACGAAACUACUUUUUGGGACGAAUCAGGUUGAGUUCUACUCAAUUUGUGAAAAAAGGGGAAGAGGCUUUGAUUUAUUUUCAUCUGGAAAAGAAGAGCCUCUUUAGUUGGAUUCAAGGAGAGAUUGGCUUGAAAAUUUAUUACUCUGAUUGUGUUACACCGCCCCCUUCUCCGCAUGCAAUGGUUGAGGAAGGCGAUGCAAUUAAUACAAUCGAGCAACCAACGACUGAGUCAGAACUAAAGCCUGAGCUGUCAGAGUCAGAGCCAAAACCAGAGACAGACUUAAAAUUAAAGCAAUCACCUUUGUUGGAAGAACAAGAUGUCACACAACAAACGGACGAAACAUCAACUAUUGAAGGCAAAACCGCUCCAACUACAGAAAAUUUGGCCAAUAAGGGCAAUGCAGCUACGAAAGCAGAAACUUCGGCAGUCGAGAGCAGUACUCCGACAGAGAUUCCAACUCCUGCUGCUGAAACAGUGUCAUCAGAUCAAACCCAUCCACCGCUAGAAGCGAUGGAACAAGGGGAGGCGCCAUCAAAAACAUCACCGAUGGAACAAGGGGAGGCGCCACCAAAAACAUCACCGGAAGACAACCAAACUGAAGAGAAGCAACCGACAGCAGAUUCAAAACAAGAAGCAGAAAUCAACUUUACGCCACAGCCAAUUAAAAGAUCGAUGCCGAUACCAAGUUACAGAUUGGAGUCAACAGAAAGUCAAACAAUGGAAGGAUCCACAUUUGAUCUUGUGGAGAAGAUGCAUUACCUCUUCGUGCGAGUAGUAAAAGCACGCUCACUGGCCACUAAUAGCCAUCCAAUAGUGCAAAUCGAAGCAUUUGGAAAACGUAUCACAUCAAACCCAGCCAGAAAGAGCCACGUGUUUGAGUGGGACCAAACCUUUGCAUUUAGCCGUGAUGGAGCAGACUCUGCCUCAAUGAUGGAAAUUUCGGUUUGGGAUGGCAAAAAGGACGACGCCGUAUCACCAUCUGACGUGGACCGACGCAAUUUCUUGGGAGGCUUGUGUUUCGACGUAUCAGAUAUUCUAUUGCGGGACCCACCGGAUAGUCCAUUGGCCCCACAAUGGUACAAAUUGGAAAGGGAAAGAAACGACGUCGCUUUCGGUGGGUAUUUAAUGUUGGCCACGUGGCUUGGUACUCAAGCUGACGACGCAUUUGCCAACGCCUGGAAAACAGAUGCCGGUGGGAAUUUUCACUCUAGAGCAAAAAUUUACCAAUCGCCAAAAAUGUGGUAUCUACGCGCCACCGUGAUUGAAGCACAAGACGUCGUUCCGAUCACCGCUGUGAAAGAAGCUUCUUUUCAAGUCAAAGCCCAACUUGGCUUCCAAGUUUCCGUAACAAAACCCGUCGUGACCCGAAAUGGCGCUCCGUCGUGGAAUGAGGAUUUGUUCUUUGUUGCCGCAGAGCCGAUGACCGACCACUUGAUCUUCACCGUUGAGAGCCGUCGAAGCUCGAAAUCUUCGACCGUCAUAGGAGUUGUAAAAAUCCCACUCACUGAAAUUGAGCGGCGAGUGGAUGACCGGAAAGUGACAGCGCGGUGGUGCACACUCGCCGGAGUUGUGGAUGAAAAGGGAUCAUCUUACAAAGGAAGAAUUCAGGUGAGGUUGUGUUUUGAUGGAGGUUAUCAUGUGAUGGAUGAGGCGGCGCACGUGAGCAGCGAUUAUCGGCCGACGGCGAGACAGCUGUGGAAGCCGUCGGUAGGUGUGAUUGAAAUUGGUGUGAUUGGGUGCAAGGAUUUGGUUCCAAUGAAGUCCACGGCGACCGGAAAAGGAUCCACCGAUGCGUAUUGUGUUGCAAAAUAUGGGUCUAAAUGGGUUCGAACUAGGACAGUCAGCAACAACUUUGAUCCGAAAUGGAAUGAACAAUAUACGUGGCAGGUUUACGAUCCGUGCACGGUUUUGACAAUCGGAGUUUUCGAUAGUAUGGAAGGAUCUGAAAAUGGCGAUCGACCCGAUUCACGAAUCGGAAAAAUACGGAUACGAAUCUCCACCUUAAAAACCGGUAAGGUAUACCGAAAUUUUUAUCCUCUCCUCCUUUUAACCACCGCUGGUACCAAAAAAAUGGGUGAACUCGAAAUCGCCGUCCGAUUCGUCCGUUCGGCACCGCCCUUGGAUUUCAUACACGUGUACACCCAACCACUGCUGCCGUUGAUGCACCACGUGAAGCCUCUCGGAGUUGGGCAACAGGAUUUGCUCCGAGGUGCGGCGGUGGAGACGGUGGUUGGUCAUUUUUCCAGAUCGGAGCCGCCGCUUCGACGGGAGAUCAUUGUAUUCAUGCUGGAUGCCGAAUCACAUAACUUUAGCAUGCGAAAAAUCCGUGUGAAUUGGUACAGAGUCAUCAAUGUGGCCUCCACCAUCAUUGCCGCCGUGAAAUGGAUCGAUGAUACUCGAUCGUGGCGGAAUCCGACGGCCACGAUACUGGUCCACGCGCUGCUGGUCAUUCUGAUUUGGUUCCCUGAUCUGAUCAUUCCGACAGUUUCAUUUUACGUUUUUGUCACUGGUGCAUGGAACUACAAAUUGCGAUCGUCGGAGCUUAUUCCGAGUUUUGAUUCAAAGCUUUCGAUGACGGACAUCGUGGAACGGGAUGAAUUAGAUGAAGAGUUUGAUGACGUACCGAGCACGAGAUCGGCAGAAGUUGUAAGGAUGAGGUACGAUAAGUUGAGGGUGAUUGGGACACGUGUGCAAGGUUUAUUGGGGGAUUUAGCAACCCAAGGGGAGCGUGUGCAGGCGUUGGUGACAUGGCGUGACCCACGCGCCACAGGUAUUUUUACUGGGAUAUGCUUUAUGGUGGCGGUGGUGCUCUACGUCGUGCCAUUGAGGAUGGUGGCAGUGGCGUUCGGGUUUUAUUACCUCCGGCAUCCAGUUUUUCGAGAUCGGUUGCCGUCACCGGCUCUUAACUUCUUGAGAAGACUUCCGUCUUUGUCAGAUCGACUAAUGUAGGUUGUACAGAGAGAGAGCGAGUGUGUAGAGAUGUUUGAAGAAUGGAGAAUGUUAGAUAGGGGAGGAAAGAUUUUUAAAAAAUUAUUCAAUAUGAUUGUGAAAUAAUGUUAUUGACAAAUUUGGUAUGGUUUCCUUCGUUUCCACAAAAUUAAAGUUUGAUAAAAUCUCAUGAAUGAUAUCUA